AUGUGGAUAGAUUUCAAUAAUGAUGGUACAUUUGAUGAUAAUACAGAACAAAUUAUUCCUAAUAAUUGGUAUAGAGAUGAUCCUCGCAUGACUCAGAGUACAAUACGUUUUACCAUUCCACAAAUUGAUGAUAGAUAUUAUGUAGGCGGACAACAUCGAGUACGCAUUGUUUUGGUACAAGAUGCAAGAAAUCGUAAGCCAUGUCAAAACACUGGUUAUGGUGAAGUUCGAGAUUACACAGUUAAUAUUAUUCGAAAGGAAGUAUUAAAGGACACGUAUGAUACAGACUACAGAUUGACGCAUUGUUCUCCUGGUAAUUUGGUCUGUUCAGUAGGCCACAGUGCUAUUUUUUCGGUGAGUAUAUCUGGUGAGCAAAAUACACAAAUUCGAGAUGAAACGAGAAAAUGUAGCUCAACAAAUAAUUAUAAUGAUCAAAGCAAUCUAGCUGUCACAUUAUUCGACAAUACAGUUUAUACUGUUCACAUUGCAUUAUCUUGUGUCCAACAAUCAGGUUAUGGUAAUACUUAUAGCCAAGAUCCAUAUGUGUUCGAAACAUACUGUCGUGAUAGUCGCUAUAUUGGUAUGUGGAUAGAUUUCAAUAAUGAUGGUACAUUUGAUGAUAACACAGAGCGACUUGUUCCUAAUCAUUCGCAUAGAGAUGAUCCUCACAUGACUCAGAGUGAUAUAAGUUUUAUGAUUGCACAAAUUGAUGGUAGAUAUUAUGUAGGCGGACAACAUCGCAUGCGUAUUGUUUUGGUACAAGAUGCAAGGAAUCGUAAGGGGUGUCAAAACAAUGGUUAUGGUGAAGUACGAGAUUA